CAGAGGACCCUGGCCGGCUAGAGUCCACAGGGUCGCAAAGAAUCGGACAGGACUGAAGCGACUUAGCAUGCAUACAAACGGGUUAAUACAUAUAAAGUGCACAGAAGUAAGUCUAUGUGUUAGCUCUUAUUAUUGUUACUGUUAUUUGUAUUGUUGACCAAGAUUUCUAGAACUUGAACUCAGCAGAGAAGCACACCAAGGAGAGUAAGGCUUGGCCCAGCUUGAGAAUUCGCAUAUCACCCAUAAAAGAUCAAACUGCACUGAGCUGAGGACCCUCUGUGAUCAGCUGGUCCACUCAGGGCCAUGAUUUCCGGGAGGCGGGCAAAGCAGUUUCCUCGAUGCAGAAUUUAAGAGGAGUGGGGAACCAAGAAAACUCAGGACUCUGGAUACAUAAUAUUCAAAUGCAAGAUUUUAAUAAAUCCAAGUCAAUGUCCCAAACCCACAAGGAACAGAAGAUCUAAAUGGUAAAUAAAGACAGGAGAGGUAUUGCUGGUUUCCACCACACCAGGCUCCAUGCGGCUCGGUAGCCUUGAGCCAGCCGCCCCCCACGACCAGCUCUCGGUCCAGGGCAGAGCGAUUCUGGCUACAGGCCGGACGGCGCUGCGCCUGCACCGGCAGUCAAUGCUCGGCCCUCGAAGAGCCGCCUCCAGAAGGUAGGAAUCGGGCCGCGCGGGGCCUGCCGGAACGCCCAGGCUGCCCCGCGGCUCCUCCCAGCGUGCCCCGCGGCUCCUCCCAGCGUGCCCCGCGGCCCUUCCCAGCGUGCCCCGCGGCCGAGUAGCCAGAGUCCCACUGAGGCCGUUGCCACCUUCAGUCCGCCGGUGGUGCUCACUCGCUGGGACGCAGCACCAUGAUAUCCCCUUGGCAGGGCUUCGGCUGGACGGCUCAGCUCUUCAGCUCCAGCAGCGCCCUGGACGUCCUGGUGAUAGUUUUGUACUUCCUGUUGGUUCUGGGCAUCGCGCUGUGGGCCAGCGGUUCUCAGCCUCAGGAUUCCUGACGUGGGACCAGAUGAUUCCUUGUUGUGGGGUCUUCCUUGCGUACUGUAGGAUGCUGAGAAGCGCCCCAAGCCCUACCCCUGCACAGCCAGAAGUAUCUCCAGACAGUGCCAGCUGUCCCCUGGAGGGUGGGGCGUGUAAAGAAAUGGAUAUGCCUGUGCAGUCUCACAGCUGGGAGGGACCAUGGGCCCUCCUCUAACUCGGUGGGCAAAGACUUCUCUUCCUAAACAAACAAACAAACAAAAAAUGAAGAGGGGAAUGGGAUCUCUGCAAAGGACGUUUACCUGUGAAUGAGUCAUCACUGGUUCCUUGGAUUCCCCCACCCCGUUUAAGGUGGUCAUGUCGUGCAGUCGUGGGACAGAGGAAGACUUCUUCCUGGCUGGACGCAGCCUCGUGUGGUGGCAGAUAGGUGCUUUUCUUUUUGCCUCCAAUAUUGGCACUGGCCACUUUAUGGGUCUGGCUGGAAAAGGGGCGUCUUCAGGGAUCGCUGUUGGCGCCUUCGAGUGGAACGCCGUGUUCAUCCUCUGUGCUCUUGGCUGGGUGUUUUCUCCUGUUUAUAUGAAGUCUGGGGUAGUGACACUGCCCAGAUACUUGAGGAAGAGGUUUGGUGGCUGCCGGAUCCAGUUCCUCCUCGCUGUUCUGUACUUAGUCAUCUAUAUCUUCAGUAAGAUCUCGGUGGAGAUCUGCACGGGCGCCGUGUUUAUGAGGCUGGUUCUGGGGCUGGAUGUUUACCUGGCCACCGUGGUCUUGCUGUCAGUCACCGGCAUAUGUUCCAUCACAGGUGGUUUUGCAGCCGUGGUUUACACUGAUCUCUUACACGCUAGCUUCGUGGUUCUGGGCUCUGUCUUGUUAAUGGGCUAUGCCUUUAACGAGAUAGGCGGAUACCAGGAGCUAGAGAGCAGGUACCCGGAGGCCAGGCCGACCGUCACCUGGGAAGGGAACUGGACUGCCCCCAUGGAGUGCUUCAUACCACGUGCGGACGCCUUCCAUAUUUUCCGAGAUGCUGCCACUGGAGACAUUCCCUGGCCUGGGGUCGUCCUCGGCCUCUCCACCAUUUCCUUGUACUACUGGUGCGCCGACCAGAUUUUCGUCCAGGGCUGCCUGGCAGGGAAGAACUUGUCCCACGUGAAAGGCGGCUGCGUCUUGUGCGGGUUCCUGAAGCUGUUGCCCAUGUUCAGCAUCGUCAUGCCAGGAAUGAUCAGCCGUGUCCUGUACACAGAUGAGGUGGCGUGUGCUGUGCCUUCAGAGUGUAAGAAGUACUGUGGCAUCCAGGCCAGCUGCAGCCCCAUCGCCUACCCCCUACUGGUGGUGGAGCUUCUGCCUAGCGGCGUCCGCGGCUUGGUGGUGUCUGCCCUCUGGGCCUCGCUCACGUCCUCCCUGACUGCCGUAUACAGUAGUGCCAGCGCUGUGUUCACCAUGGACAUCUACCCCCAGAUCCGGCCCACGGCCACUAAAAAGGAGCUCAUGAUAACAGGAAGGUUUUUUGUUAUAGUCCUGCUCGCUGUCUCCGUCGCCUGGGUGCCUGCCCUGCAGGUGGCUCACAGGGAGCAGCUGUUUGAGUACAUGCACGCGCUGCUGAGCUACCUGACGCCGCCCGUGGCCGCCACGUUCCUGCUGGCCAUCUUCUGCAAGAGGGUCACUGAGCAGGGCGCCUUCUGGGGGCUGGCCAGCGGCCUUGCGAUCGGCUCCUGUCGCAUGCUGUCCGAGUUUGCCUAUGGGCCCUGGAGCUGCUCCGUGAACAGGAAGUGCCCCCGGAUCAUCUGUGGCGUGCAUUACCUCUACUUUGCCAUGAUCCUCUUCACCAUCAGCCUCGUCACCGUCCUGGGCGUCUCCAUGUUCACCGUGCCGAUUCCAGACAAACACCUCCACCGCCUCUGUUGGAGUUUGCGGAACAGCCAGGAGGAGAGGGUGGACCUGGACGAGGACACAGAGGUGAAGAGCCCCGAGCCCCAGGCACAGCCAGUUCCAGACAUGUUCGUAGAGGACAGGGGCUGCCUCUGGAAGGCCUGGGAUGUGUUCUGUGGCCUGGAGUUGCUGCCCAGCCCCAAGCUGGCCCCGGAAGAGGUGGUUGUGCCUGAGACGGAGCAGAAUGACAUGGCUGAAGGGACGGCGCACGGUGCCACGUCGGGAGGGACAGAGGAGAGGGAGGCGCCGGAGGAGCGGCUCCUCUGGAGCAGGGCGCUCGGCCUCUGCGGGCUCCUCCUGGUGCUGCUCACGGUGCUCUGCCACAUCUACUUCUACUAGCUGCCGCGCGGGAGGGAGGGGGUCCCGGGGCGGCCCCCGGAUGAGGGGCCGGGCUCACACCGCCGAGCAUGCACCCUGGGGCUCAGGGCGCGGCCAGCAGGUGGCAAGGCCCGCGGCGAGGGCAGGGCCCACGGGCGAGCACGCCUCCUCUGCUCGCUGAGCCACGCCCUCAGAUGGCUGCACCACACAGCCGCUGGCUUCCACGCUGGCUCUGGCGUUUCGCCUCUUGAGACCCUUGGGAGCCUUGCCUGUGUUUGCUGCCACCGUUUCCUUCCUGUGCCCACCUCCACUGGCAGUGCCCUCUCCUCCUCUGGAAAGGUACGCUGCUGGCAAAGAUGCCCACCCACAGGGGCUGAGCCCACCGCCGAAGGUCACACAGGCAGGGCUUGCAUGGACAGAGGCAUUGGCAUCUGCCUGGACGGUGGUGGCCUGAGCUGGUCCCUGCCUGAGGACCGGGCCUCCCUGCAGCUCGCUUCUGUCUGGCUGCGCCCCUUGGGGACAGACGGAGAGGAAACAUCCCUCCUUGCCGAGCUCCGCCUGGUCCCUCUCAAUCUGCCUGCUCCUGGGACGCGAGCCCUGGGCUGGAUCCCCUUGGCGGUCAAGGACAAGGGCUGUGUCCUUGCAGGGGCGCCCUCAGCCACCCCGUCCUCUUUAUUCUUCUCAGACCAGAAUAAAUGAUUUGAAUCUUUACAAAGUCUCAGAUACAUCAAAGGGGUUUGGGGGAGGCCCACCAGCAUUGCAAAAACCACCCUCUGAAGGUGCGGUCAGAACCAGCCCGUCUUCCCCCGUUCAGUCCUUCAGCGGACGUGUCUGAGUGCCUACUGUGCGCCCGCACUGCUGGGAACCGUCACGGGCAGAGCUCAUGGUCUCGGGAAGCAGGGCGAAGCACCAGUGGGGAUGGCCGGUGCGGAGGGUGGGCCCACUGUUCCCUGCUGGGGUCAUCACCACCUUCAAGCCGUGGACCCAGCCCAGGUGGAAGGACCAGGAGCAGCCACACUGCACAGAGGAGGAGACUGAACUCAGUCAGGAAACCCAGUAGAGGGGCGGCAGGGGCGCCCCAGGGAAGAGGCCUCCCUUGACUACAGCAGGAGGUCAGCGAGCCAGCGGGGCGACAGAGUGACAGGGUGUGAGCAGGCCUGGGCGCAGAGCGCGAGGGUGUGAGCAGGCCCGGGCUCAGAGCUGGGGGCGCGGAGGGCGAGGGUGUGAGCAGGCCCGGGUGCAGAGCUGGGGGCGCGGAGGGCAAAGGUGAGCAGGGGCCCGACCUGCCGGCCUCACAUGCUUUGGAACCCUGAGUCGCUGGAAGCUUCAGCCAUGAAGGAAUAGGACCCAGUUUGCUGAGUGCUGCCGGGGAGGUGAAAAGGAGGUGAGAACACCCACCGGGAGGCUGUUAGAGGGAUCCAGGCAAGUCAGUGGCAGGAAAGACAAGGGAGCCAAUCAGCACCAAGAGAAGCCAGCAAGCGGAAGUCACAGGGCUUGGGUCGCUGGGCUUCUGGAAGGAGGGCCCAGCAAUGGCUCUCCAGCCUGAGCACAUGGGCAAAGGGCGCCCCAGCCCCAGCGCCGGGCCCGCAGGACGGGAGCAGGCGCGGGAGCAGGCGGGGCUCCGUGUGGGCACGCGGGCUCCGAGUCGCAUGAAGACGCUCUUUGCUACCUUGACCACGUUCGGUCUUUCUGAUCCGUGAAGGUGGGAUGGCCCCCGUUCAUUUAGGGCCCCUUUCGCUUCUUUCAACAGUGUUUUGUCUUCAGCACUCUAGUCUUACACAUCUAAGUUGAUUCCUGGGCGUUUUAUUCUUUUUGAUACUACAGUAAAUAAUGCUUUCUUAAAAGCUGAGAUGUAGUCAAUGUACAAUAUUAUGUAAGUUACAGGUGUGUAACCUAGCGAUUCAUAAUUUUUGAAGGUCACACUCCAUUUAUAGUUAUUAUCAAAGGGUUGGUUUUAUUUCCUGGGUUGUACAGUAUGUCCUUGUAUCUUAUUUAUUUUAUACACAAUGGUUUUUGUUAGUCCCCUACCCUGUAUUUUAAUUGCAUUUUCAGAUGGGUCAUUGCUCAGGUACAGAAAAACAAAACUUGUAUCUUGAUCUUGGAACCUGUAACUUUGUGAAAUUUGUUUAUUCUUAUAUUUUUAAGUGUAUUCCUUGGAAUGUUUUAACAUAUAAAAUCAUGUAAUCUGCAAGUACAGACAACUUCUUUC